AUGGUUGCUAUCCAUGACCUGAACAAGAACAACACCAAGAGACACACUGACGUGGAUGGGGACGCCCCUUCGACAGGAGCCCUCUGCAGCCCCAAGAAGGAGGUUCUUGACUGUGAAGGACUGCUGUGCUCUGCGGAAGACUUGCCCAACGUGCUGCUUCUGAGUUCCUCAGAUCCCCUUCCUGGCAUCGCCUGUACCUGCAGCCUCCUCACAUCCUGGUACCAUCCUGAGAGUCCCUCUCCCCUCACUCAGCAUCCUCCCGGGUCCAUCCCGGUGACACAGCCUGAAAAUGCUGGGCACUUUGCCACCUGCUACUUCCCAGAAACAGGUGCUCAGGCACCUCCAGCUCUGGGCAUCCGUGUUCACCUGGCUCCCGGAGCUGUUCUCUGUCUGCUGAUGGACUUUGGGGACAGUUGCGGAGCUGAGAUGAGACUGUGUACAAUGACAGAUCCAGCUGCAGUGACUGGCUACCACCGGUACAGGAAAGAAGGAGUCUACAAGCUCAGGGCUGUUAUCCGUAGCGUUCAUGGAGUUGAUGUGGAACUGGGACCUUAUUAUGUGGACAUUGGCCGUGAGAAUGUGUCUGUGUUCAUGAAUUCCAGCUCGAUCCACGAUGGUGAAGUUCUUUCCUUUGCUGACUCCUUCCCACAGCAGAAAGGCACCAUCGUGAUGCAUGGCUACUCGUCUGUUUCUUCAUACAAUGUGUCCUUUAUUUCUCAGGCCCGAGUGGGCAGUGGCCAGGCUUGGCUUGGUGUGACUGUUGGGUAUAAGCUGCAAUCUGUGUCUAUCUACACCAAUGGAACUGUGUUUGCUGCAGACACGAACAUCACAUUUGUGGCUGUUACCGGUGAAACUAUACCCCUGGAGUUUGCAUGGUAUUUUGGAGAUGACCCACCAGUGAGGACAACUUCCAGAAGCAUUAGAAGAAGGCUGAGCAUCCCUCAGUGGUACCAUGUGAUGGUCAAGGCCACCAGCAGGAUCGGCAGUGUGGUCUCUGAGUCCCACCUCAUCAGGGUACAGAAGAGAAUCACGGCCAAUCGGCUCAUGUCCACUGCCUCAGCCCUGGUAAAUGCCAAUGUGUCCUUUGAGUGCAGGCUCAACUUUGGCACUGACGUAGCCUACUUGUGGAACUUUGGAGAUGGGACCAUUGAGCUUGGCAGCAGCUCCUCCAGCCAUGUCUACAGCAGGGAGGGAGAGUUUACAGUUGAAGUCCUUGCCUUCAAUAACAUCAGCUCCGCCGUCCUAAGGAAGCCGCUUUUCAUCGUGCACGAGCCUUGCCAACCACCUCCGGUGAAGAACCUGGGGCCUGAGAAGGUGCAGAUAUGGAGGUCUCAGCCCCUGAGACUUGCAGUGACAUUUGAAGCUGCAGUCCUCUGUAACAUUUCCCAAGGGCUUUCCUACACCUGGAGCGUUGUGGGUGCUGAGGCGACUGUUGUCACCCUCCCUGCUGCUGUCAACACCCACAGACAGACCAUCACGCUCCCAAGCUACACCCUGGAGUGUGGGAACUACACCGCUGUGGCCAAGGUUCAGAUCAAGGGAAGCAUAGUAUAUAGCAACUACUGUGUUGGUGUGGAGGUUCGAGCCAGGGCUCCUGUCAGCGUGAUCUCUGAAGGCACACACAUCUUCAUCCCCAGGUCCACCACAACCUCCAUCAUUCUCAGAGGGUUCCAGUCCUAUGACCCUGACAGCCCAGGGGCCGCUCUCAGGUAUCACUGGACCUGCACUGCAGCCAGCUCACCAAGGUCCUGCUUUGAGGACUCUACUCCAUACCAAGUGGACACUCAGGCUCCUGCCAUUUCCUUCCCAGCAAAAUGGCUCAGUGAAUGCUGUGACCAGUUUCUUGUGACACUGACAGUCUCCAGCAAUGGACAGAACUCUUCUCAGGCUGUGAUAUUCCUGUCCACCCAUCCUGACCCAGACUUCAGAUUCGUCCACAUCUCAUGGGUCAAUUUUAGAGACAUCCGUGUAAACUGGAAUGAAGAACUGUCUCUCAGAGCUGUGUGUGAAGACUGUGGAGAUGUAGCCAACCUCACUUAUUCCUGGGAUCUCUUCCUAGUCAAUGCAACAGAAAAGAAUACAGUGGAAGUUCCCUUCUGUAGCACCGUGGGGCUGCUGGGCGCUUCAGCAUUUGGGGCCAUUGUGAAGUUGUCUAAGCCAGACCUGCAGUCAAGCCCCAGAGGAUCAGAGACACUACACUCAUCAGAGCGGUCACCUAUGCCCCUGAGCUGGUCAGCUCUUCACAACCUGGGAAGCAUUUCCACUGAGUCCAUGGCAGGUGGCCACCACAUUCCUGCUGGGGGUCCCAUGGCAGGCUCAGGGGAGCCUAUGGAGGAUUACGGCUCACUGAGUCCAGCACCAGGUUCCCUGGAGGAGGAAGCUUUUAUGAUGAGCACCCCAGAGGGAAGCUGGUCCCCUUCCAGCUCCUCCCCUGCCUUUGAUGAUUUUGAAGCCUAUUAUAGUGACAUCCAAGAAGACGUGCCAUCCCUAGGAAGACAGCCAGGCACCAGUGCUAACUUCCAGGAAUCAGGACCAAGCACCAGCACCGAGGAGAGUGCCAAUGAUGGGGACAACCUGCUAGGUCCUUUCCUUCACACAGGCAGAGCAAAGCCAGCUCUCAUGGUUGACUGGCCCAAGACCCUGGUCAGCCGAGCUGUCUUCCACAACUACACCUCCUCAGGUAUCAUGGGACCAGCUGUGACAAUAGCACCAUUCUCACUGAGCAGUGGCGAGAUGUACGUCUUACAGGCUUCUGUAGCUUCAAAGCAUGCCUUACUAGGCAAAGCUCAGCUCUACAUAACGGUCAACCAAGUCCCACGGGACAUGUCCUGUCAGGUGCGACCCCACAGUGGUAUGGAGGCACAUACCAUCUUCAGUGUCUUCUGCAUGUCAGGGAAACCGGACUUUCAUUACGAAUUUCGUUACUGGAUAGGAAAUACUUCUCCACACACCCUGUACCAUGGACGAGAUACCCAGCACUACUUUUUAUUGCCAGCUGGUGAGGCCUCAGAUGAUUACAAAGUCUUUGUUUCUACUGAGAUCACAGAUGGCCAAGGCUCCAAGGUGCAACCAUGCACUGUGGAAGUGACUGUGCUACCCCGUUACCAUGGAAAUGACUGCCCUGACAAGGACCUAUACAGCUCCACCCUGGAAAACCUGUCUUCUCUCCAGCUGCUGGGGAGUUACACAGAAGUGAGGAACUACAUCACCAUGAUCACUGCCAUCCUGAGCCGUUUGUAUGUGAAGAGCACAAACACUUCUUCGUGUGGUCUGUGGUCACAGAUACAGGAUGUAUUGAUUUCUUCUGCAUGCAAAGUACCUGUUACAGACCAGGAAGCAAUGGUGGAUUCUCUUCAUAUAUUGAGAGACCUCAUAAGCUUCCCUAAUAAGUUGAGCUUGAUGAGUGGCAUGCACAUCCUCAAAUAUGCCCAGAUGUCCCUUGCUCAAGGUCAGUUCUCCGAGAAGUUGCUGGUCAACAAAAAACUGGGAGUUGAACUUAUCCUUCUCAUCUCUGGAGUCUGGGAAGCUGCCAAAGAAGACACGGGGAAUUGGGAGUACCUGCAAGAAGAAGGCAUGAAGAUCAUCUCUGACACGUUACUAGCCUCUCUCUCCCUGAGCCACCAGCAUCAGCUGCACAUAAGCACUGGGCAGAUGGAGUUCUGGACCCUUCUCCAUCACAGCUUUCAGAGUUCUAUCCAGAACCUGGGCUUCAUCUCGGUCCAUUUCCCUGGUGGCCUGGUCUUGCACAGUCCUGCUCAAGAGGAAUCACAAAGCCCAUGCUACAUCAGCCAGCUCAUGUUCUUCAAAAGCAGCCCUUAUCCAGGGGGACGAGCUCCUGGACAGGUGGGUGGUGUGGUGAGCCCUGGGCUCUACAGCUGCCAGAGCAGAAGACCUAUUCUCAGAGGACGACUUGUGAUGCCCGUGACUGUGGAGUUUGGGGAGGAAGAUCACCUGCACAAGAGAAAUCCAACCAUGUUUGCAUUGCUUCGGGAUGAGGUGAAUCUCCACCGGUUCACUGGGCUCUCUGAAAACCCCCAGGAAACCUUACAGAUCCACAUCGACUUCUCCAAGCCCGUGACAAGAGCCUUCCCCAUCAUGCUGUUAGUAAGGUUCUCCAAGAAAGCCACGCCUUCUGAUUUUCUUGUGAAGCAGGUCUACUCCUGGGAUAAGCAGACUGUACAAAUUUAUGUACCUGCUAUUCCACGGAAAGGAGCCAAUGUGGGGUAUUUAUCCCUAUUAGAUGCUGAUUAUGACAGGAGGCCUCCAAACAAAUACCUUGCUGGGACAGUAAACUAUACAGUGCAUUUCCAGUGGACCCAGUGUGUGUUUUGGGACAAGACAGAGUGGAGAUCCGAAGGUUCCUGUCCACAGCCAGGAACGUCUCCUGAAAAAGUCAGCUGCAGCUACCAUCGCCUUGCGCCUUUCUCUGUCCUGAGAAGAAAGCUGAAUGCCACUUUCGAAGUGAGCCCCAUUUCUGAGUUUCGGAGUCACCCACACAACUUGCUUCCCGCUAUUUCCAGUGUGUUUUUCUUGGUUCUUUAUGGAUUGUUGGUGGCUAAAAGCAGAUGUGUAGAUUGUCACAAGAAAAAGAAACCUGGUUGCAUUUUUCUGGAAGAAGAUACCCCACCUGGCCACCAGCUGUAUGCAGUCAUCAUUGACACUGGCUUCCGGUCACCAGCCCAGUUUACGUCAAAGGUUUUCAUUGUUUUAUGUGGUGAAAACGGCCUCUCAGAAACCAAAGAACUCUGCUGUCCAGAGAUGUCCUUGUUUGGAAGAAAUUCCAGGCACACCUUUAUACUGAGCACUCCUAACCAACUGGGGCCACUCCAGAAGAUCCGACUCUGGCAUGACAGCAGUGGUCCUUCCCCAAACUGGUUCCUCAGCCACGUGAUGGUGAAGGAGCUACGUUCAGGCCAAGGCUGGUUCUUCUCUGCCGAGUGCUGGCUGGCUGUGAGCUUAUGUGAUGGCCGUGUGCAGCGAGAGUUCUUCUGCCUGCGCCACGGUCUUGGCUUCUGGAAGCUUUUCUAUUCAAAGUUCACGGAGUACCUGGAGGAUUUCCACAUCUGGCUCUCCCUAUACAGCCAGCCCCCCUCCAGCAGCUACCUACACACACAGCGACUUGCGGUGUCCUUCUGCCUCCUGUGUGUCUACUCCUGCCUCGCUGCCCUGGUCACUGUGGGAGGCCAUGAACAGCGCCCCCUGCAUGUGGGUCCCACUCUUAUCACUCUGGAGUCCUUCGGUCUGAGUCUCCUGUGCACCUUCCUGGCCUGCCCAGCUGCCCAGCUCUUAUCACUGCUCUUCAGGGUCAGCCAGGUGUGUGGCCCUGUGCCCCUGGGGAGACCCCCGAUGUGGGGUGCCCUUACCAACCAACCUCUUUCCUCCACAGGAGGCCGUAGGGCGUCUACAGGCUGCGCCACAGUGGCCUCUAAGCGGAGUGAAGACAGAGGUACCUCCGGGUAUGCUCCCAGCAGUGGUUUCGAAGGACUUGUACUCCAGGGGUCAAGGGUCUGUCUACUCUGGUCAAGCUUUGUGGCCUGGGCCAUUUGUGGAUCAGCUUCCCUUGCCUGUGGUUUGGGGACAGGAUUCCUAGGCUACAGGUUUGUUCCAGAGCAGUUUAUGUGGUGGCUGCACCUGCUGCUGCUCUCGGUGAUCUGCUGUGCAUCUGUCACCCAGCCACUCAUGAUCUGUUUGGCAGCGCUGGCCUUUGCCUGGAAAAGGAAACAUGACAGCCAAUUUUUUACUGAAUCUUUCCAUGAUGCAACCAGGGAUCUCGAUUCGGAAUUGGAAGAAUACUCCAGAGCCCACAUUGCUCAUUCUCCCAGCUCCUGUUGUUCUGACAGUGCUGAGGAGGCUGGAAGGGGACACCAAAGGCCUCUCUCUCUCUCUCCAGUGCCGACCCCAGUAUCACGGUAUUCUCCCCCACCACAGGUCUUGGCUGCCCGACAACGACAACGCCACCUGCGCUGGGCUCAGCCACCAUCCAGGGCCAAGUUCAGAGUGACCAGGGAGAGACUGAGGAAAGAGAGCCGGGUGCAGGCAGCCCUGAGAGACAUCUCUGUGCACAGCAUCAUGCUGCUGCUGCUUUUGUUUAUAACAUAUGGGAGAGUCUGCCCAGGUGAAUAUUCUCUCAAUCAAGCCAUCAGGAAGGAAUUUACAAGAAAUGCCAGACACUCCUUUGGGGACCUGAGCAGCACCGAUGACUGGUGGGACUGGACUCUGAGCACGUUGCUGGAUGGGCUGCAUCCAGAAGGACCCUCUGUUGGAGCCCAGGGGGCUCAGCCUGGAGCUCUCGGAGGGCAGUGCCAUCUCAUAGGCCCUUCUGUGAUCAAGCAGCUGAAGGUUUCUUCCGGUACUGCAUGCACACCUCCCAGGCCAUUCUCAGAGCUCAUGGAAGAUGCACUACGUACACAGAGUCAUGACCUUGACCUUGAGAACCAAAAUGUGACGCCUGGUGGUCCUGAGGCCUGUGGGGUGAAGAAGGAGAGCUCCAUGCACAGCCUAGGAAGAACAAGGCAUGAAGCCCACUCAGCCCUGACCGCCCUCAGGGCCAACAGGUGGAUCGAUCAGGGCACCAAGGCCAUGUCUGUGCACUUCACUCUCUACAACCCUCCAACACGACUCUUCACAAGUGUGACCCUAGGCGCAGAGCUGCUCUCCACGGGAGGCCUUGUCCCCUCAUCCUUUGUAGAGUCGUUCAGCAUCUUCUAUAAUGCCUCAGUCCCGCAGUACCUUCUUAAGCUUUCUGAGCUGGUGUUCCUGGUACUCAACGUGACCCACCUCUGUUUCCAGCUCUGGGGAAUGGCCACCAAGGGGGUCCUCAGCUACUGGAGAACACCGAGACACUGGCUGGAGCUCUCUAUGGUUGGGAUAGCCCUGGCCUACCAUGCAGCCUGUGGUCAUCUCACUACCCUUGCUGAGAACGUCACUGACCAGUUCCACAAAGGAUUUCAUCAGAUGUAUGUGGACCUAAGUCUGAUGGUGUCAUGGAAUCAGAGGGCAAGAUGGCUCCGGGGAAUCCUCCUGUUCCUCUGGAUGUUGAAAUGUGUUCACUUCCUCGGCUUCCUGAGCACCAUGGCAUCCUUCUCAGCAGGGACACAUUCGUCUCUCUCCAGAGCCUUUGCACCAGCAGUAAGAAUUCUCUCCCCUUCUCCAGUGAUUUCCUUAGCCAACCAGCACACUGCGUAUUAUGGUUAUCUCCUGUGGUUAUCACCACCUACAGAUCUCUCCCUAAGUGUCAGGAAUGCUGUGGAGGGCCUCUCGUAUGUGAACAUGCUUAAUGAUCACAAUGGACUGUGGCUGUUGGGGACCCUGUUGCUGGCCGCCCAUCCCCACUUGUGCCAGUUCCUGCUCUCCACCGGGACGCCAUCACCUGGCACCUCUACAGAUGCAUUUCCUGGGCUGCUGCUUCAGUUUCUGGGAAGAAGCCCGAAGGACGCACUGCACCAUCGUUUGGAGUCUGACCAUCAAGCCGUGACUUGUUACUCUGGGGUCCUCUUUCUGCUGGCGGCAACGCUGUGUUUCGGAAUGCUGAGGGCUUCCCUCCUGACUUUUUUCCGAAAAAGAAAGUCUUUUCAUAGAAAAUCUCUCGUGACACUUAACAAUGUUGCUGUUUAUGCCUGGCACAAAGUCCUCACCCUUCUGGGGCUGGAAACAACAACUCUGGAAGAGACUGAGGUGGCUGCGGACCAUAAUUAUUACCUGGAUGAAUUUUCCAGCCUAUUGGAUGAACUUCUGGUGAAGAUUGAUGGUUUGUCUGACAGCCUAGAACUUUCUAUCUUAGAGAAACACUGGAAGAGGACAGGGGAGUCAAUGGCAGUGGAUAGUCCUUCAGUUGGCAUUUCAGUGUAACA